AUGCGUGCCUCCACCGCCCUCGCUAUCCUCCCCUCCCUCGCCCUCGCGGCCCCCACCGCCGUCGAGAAGCGCCUCGACACCUGGGGCGGUGCCGUCUCGCUCGGCCCGACCAAGUCGACCAUUGUCAACGCCGUCACCACCCUCAUCCCCGGCCGCGCGCCGCCGAACCAGAACGGCCAGCUUUUCCUGUGGCCCGGCAUGAGCAACGGCACGGGCCACCUGGUGCAGACGACGCUGGAGGACUACGACGACAACUCGUGGUGCGGCGCCGCCGAGGGCCAGUGGUGCAUCCGCGCGUCGCUGUUCGGCAGCUUCGGGCAGCUGGACGGCGAGGCGGGCGUCGUCAGCGGCGACACCAAGGUGCGCAUCGAGUACAACUUGAUGGCGGAUGGGACGACGUGGGAGCAGAUCGUCACCGACGCCGACACUGGCAAGAACCUCACGUACUUCCAGUAUGACUCUGGCCCAUACAUGAGGGGCUACGGCACCGGCACUGAGUGCCAGAGCGACUGCACGGGCACCAUCGAGGAGCAGAAGUACCUCAACACCGUCAUCACGCUGGCCGGCGCCGACACCACCUUCGGCGACACUAUCGGCUCGUCGCAGGGCGCGACCUACUCGGAGCUGAAGCAGACCGAGGGCGGCAAGAUCUGGACCAUCGACACCAUCACCAUUCCUGCUAUGCAGUAA